AUGUACAUGUCCAACAAUAUCCUGUACCUGGGAUCCCUUUUGGCCCUGCAGGCCUGCAAGGCCAUGGGAGCCUCUGCUACAUCUGGCGUCAUCGAAGUCGACUUGGUCUUCCCACGCAAUGAGACAUAUGCGCCGUCGACACAGAUGCCCGUCGUGUUUGCCAUUCAGAACCCGCAUCUGGUCGCACCACUCAAUAUGAGAAUUAUGUACUUAAUCACGCCUCCCCGCGACUACAUCAACGCCAGCUCCCCAAGCGAGUUCAACAUGAACUCCACCAGCUCAUCUGACAGCAAUCCUUACUUCCUAUACAAUACCGCUGACUCGGCACGCACCGAGGGUACGUGGGAACUCACUUGGUUUGUGGAAUACGGGCGAUGCACCGGGUCUAGCGGAGAUAUCAUGUUCUACCCCAGCAACUCUACGAUUGACAGUAUGAUCUUCACAACUAAGAGUGGCGCCGCGAAGGCGGACCUCGUUGCUGCUAGCGCGGAAGAAACCUGCGCGACAGGUAUUGCAGCGUGGAAUGUGACGGGGGCAAUGGAUGUGGAAGGCGCUCGUUGGGGUGGCUAUGACACCUGCGCGGUGGUUUCGGAGAAAUCGCCAUGGGCUACUGUGGACCCUUGUGCGGUCAAGUUUGACACUGCUAUUGCCUCCAAUAUUUCGGUUGCUUUGAAUAUCACGACGGGUGGAAAUGACUCGGAUGAAAAAGACUCUGGAGAUGGGAAUAAUUCCGGUGAAAAGGAUACUGCAGACAAUGCGGGUGCAGUGCAUCUACCGAUGGGUGGAGUGACUUUACUGACAGCAGUUUUCGCUGGGCUCACUUAUAUUCUUGUGUAA